AACAAGCCAGAUGGGGACCUUCACAGGACAUUACACAUUCUACCUUGGGGUGGCCUUGGCUAUGACCUCCAGCCUAUUUAUUGGAAGCAGUUUUAUCCUCAAGAAGAAGGGGCUUCUCCGGCUGAAUGGCCAAGGGGCCAUCAGAGCAGGCCUGGGAGGUCAUGCAUAUCUGAGAGAGUGGCUGUGGUGGGGAGGACUGAUAUUCAUGGGAAUUGGAGAAGCUGCAAAUUUCGCAGCCUAUGCUUUCGCCCCCGCCACACUGGUUACGCCUUUAGGAGCCCUUAGCGUUUUAGUCAGUGCAGUUUUAGCCUCCUAUUUCCUGAAUGAGCGGCUGAAUAUCCAUGGAAAGAUUGGCUGCCUCCUGAGCAUUUUAGGAUCGACUGUGAUGGUGAUUCAUGCUCCCCAGGAGGAAGCGGUUUCCAGUCUGGACUCAAUGUUGGAGAAACUGAAGGAUCCAGGAUUUAUUGUGUUUGCUGUAUGUAUGCUGGUGAGUUCCGUUCUUCUCAUCUUCGUGGCUGGACCUCGCUACGGGCAGAGGAAUGUCCUGGUGUACAUCCUGAUCUGUUCAUCCAUUGGUUCGCUUUCAGUUGCUUGCGUCAAAGGCUUAGGCAUUGCCCUGAAGGAGCUGUUUGCUGGGAAGCCUAUCUGGAAAGAACCAUUGGGCUGGAUGCUUUUCAUUUGUUUGGUGGUCUUCAUCAGUGUGCAGAUCAACUACCUGAACAAGGCCUUGGACAUCUUCAACACAUCUGUGGUCACCCCCAUCUAUUAUGUCCUCUUCACCACAGCCGUUAUGACCUGCUCUGCUAUUCUGUUUAAAGAGUGGCAGCGACUGGUUCCGACAAACAUCAUUGGUACCAUAAGUGGCUUCCUCACCAUUGUGCUCGGCAUCUUUCUUCUCCAUGCUUUCCGAGACGUGCCUUUCACUGCGGAUCUGCUGCCCGUUUUCCUGAGAUACAAACCAAAAGAUGUACCAACGGCUUCAUGGAGAGAGGGAGAAAAGGAACAGUCUUGCCUCCACCAGCCUCUUCUGGAUCCGGAGGACACACAGAAGAGAGGGGCAGGGAAACCAGAGGAACGAGACAGUCAAAGUUUAUGAAAGCUACGAUUCCAGAAAUGGACAGGCCAGGUUCAGAGUUCUGUGUACCUGGAUGGGGCUUGGGGCAUAUUGAUAACCCCCAGAGCACAUAAACCACUGUUGAAAGCAUACAUCUCAAAGUGGUUGGGUGAGGUUACAUGGGUAAGGUGUAUUGUUUAAAAAAAUGUAAAUAUGAGUACCCCCGUGAAUCUUACUCAUCAGAGACAAGAAUGGACAAGCAAUUUGUCCCAUCCUGGGGAAUGGAAGAGGGACCAUGGAGAAGAUGGAGAGGACAAGAGGUUGACAUCUGGACAGAGAACAACAUGGAAGAGGCAAGGAAGGUUCUUUCUCUCCUUCUGAGGCAGAUAUGAACCAGAAGAAUGCAGAGGAAAAGAAGCUGGAAUGGGUACAGACAUCGAGGGCAGAGUAGCCAUAAAGGGAGAAGCAGAAUUGAGCUCUUUAAGAGGUGUGAGAUCAAGCUCACAUGGGAAAAAAAAAACAGGCCCAUUGUGAUGUGUUCACAAUCUUUUACCCUCAAGAUGCAAGUCUUUCUUAUGGAAACACAGAGCUGUUCUCUGCCUCUGCUACAGCAACUUGCUGCCUUUUGAAUGUACAAAGCCUUCCAGGCUGCCUUAAGGUUUACAAGUUAUUUAAAAUAAAUAUUACUUUCUUUAUAUGA